AAGACAUUGUAUAAAAGGAGGAGUCGAGUUUAGUCUUUUUAUUCUCUACCAUCUCAAAGUACUUUCAUUUCAUCAUUUUGGUCAAUUGAAAGACAGACGACACUCUCUGGUCCCGAUCCUUUCAACCCUCCAUUCAAGGCUCUCUUCACAACAUUUUGCGCUCCACUGCCAGAAACAUGAAAAACCCAAUCCUGGUUGCUGUGAUCGUUCUGCUGGCGAUCACAGUAAUACAGAUCGAUGGGAAAUACAAAUUUGGAGACAUAAUUGUGUUUCCAAAGAAAUGUUUCAUGAAAGGAGCACGGCCUGUGUACAAGCACUAUGCUAUUUAUGUGGGCCCAAGCAGUGAGAUAGACAUUGGGCAAGGUGACAACGACAUAUUUCACCGCACAGGUGAGUACACUCUGAAGACUGACUGUAGGUUUGAUAAACUUGAAACAACGAGAGGAAAAUGGAAGGAGAGAGUGGACAAUUACCUUGAUGGCAUUCCCGAAAUGAAAAACGCCACUAACGAGGAAGACAUAAUAAAGCGGAUCAACCUUACCAUUCAGAACUGUAGAGAAUAUGGCGUCUUUGGCAACAACUGUGAACACCUUGCUACCUACGUGCGCUAUGGCCUGAAGAUAUCACUGCAGCGGGGAACAUUGGCUAAAUUUCUUUUCAGAAUUCCAUCCAAAGUCAGAAAAAUACUGGGCGGAAUAAAAAAAGAUGAAGCAAAAGAGAUGAGCUGUGAAUCUGUCCACGGUACUACCGACAGAAAAGGGAACUUCUUCUCACGCAUGAUUAAGAAAAUUAAAAGUCUAGGGUGACUUAAAACAACGCCUGAUACCCGUCUGCAGUCUUUGCCAAUUUAUGAUGUUCAACCAUGCAGUUUAACAGCAGUGUGUAUACCAUAAAACUUCAAUUAAUAGCUUUUAUUUGCUUCAGUCGCUGAACUCAACAUGCCUAUAUGUAGCACAGACUUCUAUAUGGGACAGGCAUUUAAUUCCUUUUGCACAAAACUCAUUAAAGACUGGAAAUCAAAUUCUUUAUUUAAACCAGCAUUAAUAUAUUACUUUUAUAAUAAUUAGUCUAUCGAAUAUCCCAUUACGAAUAAUUCAUUUGAUCCUGAGAGAGAGACUGAAAGUGCAUCUAAGCCAACCUCAUGCAUAUGAAAAAUACUGGUAGCCUAUCUUAGAUUUUGUAGUCAGCAAGGUAAUGAAAACAAGCACACCCAACAACACGGUGCAGGAAAAGAGAAAGUCAGCAGACAGUGAGCAAUGGACCCGGUGGGCUUUAAGAGCUUUUAUACAUCCAAAGAACUUCUAUAUAAUCCAGACCAGGCGUCUGAUUGAAACCCUGCUUUUAACUGAAGUUUUAUGGUAUUUCAAAUAUUAGAAUUGCUUAUUGCUUAUUUUAUUUCCUAUGAAUAUGUCUCUUCUACACCAAUUUUGCCAUCUAUUUCUAUAUUCAUCUUCAUCUAUUAGUUUUUGUCAUUUUGUAUUUACAACAGGAUAAGGAAUAGUGCUCUUUUUCUCUUCACAUGCCAUUUCAGAUAUUAAAAAUGUAAAUCCCUUUACGUCAGUAUAUUGUAUUUAGUAUGUAUUUACCUUGCUGAUUGAUAAAGCCAUGUAUGCACUGCUAAA